CACUAGCAAUCCAUUUCUCGUUUUCCUUUUCUCCCUUUUCUCUUCCUCUGUUCCUUUCCUUGUGCCCUCCCUCCGUCAUCUUCUACCGACGAACUCAAGCGACUUUUACAGACUCAUUCACCUUCCUCCGAUCCUUACUCGUCUUGGUUUAUGAGCUCGAAGGAGAAACCCACUCUUGGUGGCACGCGGAUUAAGACCCGCAAACGGAAUAUUACGAUACCGCUGGACCCUGCGUCUUUUUCUGAUGCAGUGGUCCAGAUCUAUCUGGAUAAUGCUGGUGAUUUGGAACUCAUUGCCAGGAACAUUGAGUCUUCAGAACUUGACUUCUCAAGAUACGGGGAUACCUUCUUUGAGGUUAUUUUCACUGGUGGACGGACGCAGCCUGGAACAACAAAACCUGAUGAAGGAGAGCGCCAUCCAUACUCUAUAAUUGACUGUGAACCUAAACGUGAAGCCAUUCUACCAUCUGUUAUCUACAUACAGAAAAUUUUGAGGCGGAGGCCAUUUCUCAUUAAGUAUCUUGAAAAUGUUAUGCGACGAUUUCUGCAGUCGCUGGAGUUCUUUGAGGAAAAUGAGAGGAAAAAACUUGCAAUUUUCACAGCUCUUGCCUUCUCACAGAAAUUAUCAGGCCUUCCUCCCGAGACUGUUUUUCAGCCAUUGCUUAAGGAUAAUCUUGUGGCCAAAGGGCUAGUUCUUUCAUUUAUAACUGACUUUUUCAAGGAAUAUCUUAUGGAUAAUAGCCUUGAUGAUUUGAUUUCCAUCCUCAAGAGGGGGAAAGUGGAAGACAAUCUUCUGGAGUUCUUUCCCUCUGCUAAGCGAUCUGCUGAGGGCUUUUCUGAGCAUUUCACAAAGGAAGGUCUGGUACCCUUGGUAGAAUACAAUGCCAAAAAAAUGUUUGAUGUGAAGCUAAGUGAAAUGAAAUCUGCUUUAACAACCCAAAUAGCCGAGGAAAGUGACAUUGCUGAAGUUAUAGAAACUGUGAAGCACCGAAUGAGAGAUGCCAAUUUACCCGAUAUCGAAGUUGUUCGAAUUUUAUGGGAUGUCAUAAUGGAUGCUGUUCAGUGGUCUGGAAAGAACCAACAGCAGAAUGCUAAUUCAGCUCUUCGCCAGGUGAAAACAUGGGCACAAUUGUUGAAUACCUUCUGUAGCACAGGGAAACUGGAGCUGGAGUUGAUCUACAAAGUUCAGAUGCAAUGUUAUGAGGAUGCCAAGUUGAUGAAACUUUUCCCUGAAAUUGUAAGGUCUCUGUACGACCAGGAUGUGCUUGCUGAGGACACCAUACUCCAUUGGUUCCGUAAAGGGACAAACCCCAAGGGCAGGCAGAGCUUCGUGAAGGCACUGGAACCUUUUGUGAAUUGGCUGGAAGAGGCAGAAGAAGAGGAGUGAAUAUAUAUUGAUGGUAUCGUGUUGCAAACGCUGAAAUCAUAUUCUAAAACCAUCAAUUUUCUGAUUUCUUGCCUUCCAAGUUUGGUGUGUGUUCUCUCAUGUACCAAUAAUUCUGAACGAUUUACUAGCAAUAAUCUCCAUGUAACGUUAAUACUCUCUGGCUGUGGUUAUGCAAUCUUACUAUGUUUGAGCUAUUAUUUUUGUUAUUCCUCUUCAUAAAUACUGAGAAGACUUGUAGUGGCAUCAUUCUCUUCCUACUUUCAUUUUAUAUUUAUACAAUGGGAGUUUCUGUUCCAUUGUUUAA